AUCAGGUGGGGAGGGAAAAUAGAAGAACAGUAUCGGAAACUCAAGGAACAUGCUGAAACUUACCCCUAUGUGUGGGGUUCCUAUAUCCUUGUAUACGGAGGAUUUGGCCUCUGGUUGACCUACAGGUGGAGAAAGCUCCGGAAAACUGAAGACAGAGUUCGAGCUCUUCAAGAGAGACUCCGCAAACUUGUGGAGGUUGAAAAGUCGCCUAACUCUACUGCAGGCACAGAACAGUCUGCCCACUCAAUUUCCUUAGCAAACAACAAAACUCCUCCUGCCGAUAAAGCUACUAAAUAGUUGGCUUAUUCUGCUGUCAAAAGAUCAUAUCAUUCAAGGAACUUCCCUUUUCCAGUUAUAGUUUGGAGAAGCUGCAGAUUUCUGGUGCAAAUGCAUUUGUUUUGACAAAUUCUUGGUCAUACAUGUACAAUUUCAAGUUUCUAGUAAGUGGAGUGGUUUUUUGAGCUUUCUUUGAAGCAGUAAAUCUCGUGUAUAACAAAGUGGUGUAAAAAUUGAAAGAGUCCCUACAUUCAAAUACACCCUCUCUAGUGAACAUUUUAAGCUGUUUGUAGUUAUACUCGACGCAUACCAUGAAGGGAAUUUCUCUUGCAGAUACAAGGUAUGUACGAACAACAUUCGAAACUUAUAGAAUUUCAAUUGAGCUUUUCCAUUUACCUAUUACUUGACAUGUCC